CAAGACAGAGCAAGAGACACACAGACAGAGGAAGAGAGAAACGAGUCUCCCCACUCAUUAAACCAAAAAGGAAAAGACAGACAAAAAGGAAAUUGGAAAUCUCUGAAGCAGUAUUGACGAAGUAUCUCAUAAUAAAACAGUUGAGAUCACAUUGUGAAUAAUUUAACUUUUCGGGCAACACAAAUAAGCUGACAAUGCAGGUGUGUACAGUUCUGGAGAAGAAAGGUGGAUGUGUGGUUGGAGCUGAUCUCAGCUGCAACGUGAGGGAGGACAAUUCUGCCAGGAGAGAAAGUUACAUCGCUGACUGGCACAGUAUCAAUAUGAAGACACAGCCUGAAGAACGCCAGUCCAUGCUGAUGUCAGAUGACUCACGUCGAGAGACUCUCUCCCGUUAUUGGCAGGUACGUCCUCUCAAUCAGACCUGCCCAUCGGGUGUGCUCAGAGUGGGCAAUGUGGAGGCAGGUGUACGAGAACAUCAACUCCUACCCUACAGGAACACCCUGCCCUUGCCUAUAUUCAAGCCUGUUGAACUGGGUGUUCGCUUGGGUCGUGGAGCCCCCCACACCCUGGCAGAUCUGCCCCUUGCCCAAGCUCCCAAUGGAACCUGCCUAGACAAGAGACCAAUGGAGCAGAUCACCAAAGACCUGCCAGCUGUCAAACCCAUGCGAAUGGAGUUUGCUAAAGCGCCCGGAGCCCUGGGCAGAUCCAUGUCCCAAGAAGUCCAGAGGGGGUGAAGAGAAGGAAAGAAGGUGUGCUAUAGGAAGAGGAAGGUCAAAAGGUGGUUUUGAAGAUGAAAAUGAGCCAAAGACUGUAUGGAAUUUGUUGAAUAAUGAAAGGAAUAGCAGAGUGAGACAAAGGGAGUGAGCACGUAAUAACAGGGUUUAGUGAUGGUAAAAACAAUGUUUUUAGUAAAUUAAAUGAGCACUAUGAAAAGAAGCAGGAGGGUGAUCCUAAUACUGAUAGAUGAUGGUUGUGUAUAGUGAAUUUAUAUUGUAAAUAGUAUUUUUUGUAUUGACUAUUUUCCAUGCUUUUUGUUGAGUUGCCAUUAACUGAGUAAUUCUUAUGGGAAGUUGUAUGUUAAGCAUUGUCAAUGUUUGAAGCUUGUGGUCAGGAUUGGUCAUGCAAAAAUCCAUAAUGUUUAGUAAAAGAGAAAAACUCAAUUAUUGUAUAUAUAUAUAUAUAUAUAUAUAUAUAUAUAUAUAUAUAUAUAUAUAUAUGAAUUGCACUAUUUAUAUACAGUUGCCAUUUGAUUUGAUUCAUUGAUUG